AUGGUAAAAUAUCGAGACCUCUCCAAAUCUUUAGCGAGCGGCAUGUCGCCCAGCAUGUCCCCCAGCAAGGCCCCUGAACCGGCUUGUGAACCGACGGCUUCGGCUUCAAACUCGCCACUGCACAAAGUGUUCGGCAAGAGCGGGAAGGUGGGAAAACGACAACAGUUGAAGAGAAAACUUUACUCUUGGAUUAGAGAGCAAAGAUUGGAGGGAAUCCCUCUGAAUGACAUGGUGGUUGAACGUAAAGCGUCUGAGAUGAAAGAAGAAAUGAAAAUAAAAGACUUGGAGCUUGGUUGGCUGACCACAUUCAAGCAAGAAUACAAUGUUAAACUGGUCACGAGUUGUGAAGAGCUGGAAGAGCAACUCAUCACCUGGAUUACAGAUCAAAGGUCAAAGGGACUCCUCCUGAGUGACAAGAUAGUUCAAGAUAGAGCUUUGGCCUUGAAGGAAAGCUUGAACGCUCCUUCUUUCAAUGCAAGUGCCAAAUGGCUGCUGGACUACAAGAGGAGGUAUGGCCUCAAACUGGUUGUCAGUUGCGAGGAGUUGGAGGAGCAGCUAUUUUCUUGGAUUACGCAUCAAAAGUCCGAGGGAGUAACUUUGAAAUUUACAGAUAUUCAAAAAAAGGUGACAGAGUUACAGAAGACAUUGAACUCUCCCCCAUUUGAUGCAAACCAGAUAUGGUUCAGUGAAUUUAAAAAAAGGUACAGAGUCAGCCUGAACUUUAAGGUCAAAGAAUUGGAAGAUAUACUUCAUUCCUGGAUUGUGGGGAGACGCUUACAGGGAGACGUCCUGACUGACCAAUCAGUAACCAACAAAAUGUUGGACUUAAUUGGAAACCUGAAAGUUUCCCUUCCUAAACCUGUUCCACAGUGGCUGAAAGAAUUCAAGAAAAAUUAUGGCAUAAGACUGGUUGCAAGUUUUGUAGAACUGGAGGAGCAGCUGUAUGCCUGGAUCAUUCAGCAGAAAUCACUGGGUACAUCUCUUAAUGAUGCACAAGUUCAAGCUGAGGCUCUUACGUUACACCAAAGAUUGAACACUCCUGCCCCCUUUGAAGCAACCCACGAAUGGCUGACCGACUUUUACCAACGGUACAGCGUCACCCUGGCCUUUGAUUGCAAAGAAUUGAAGGACAGACUCCACUCCUGGAUUGUAAAGCAACGAUUGGAUGGGGUCCCUCUGAGCCAGAAGAUGGUACACGACAAAGCAAUCCAGCUUAACAGUGACCUAAAAAUUAAUUCUCCUUCAGUUGAUACUCCACAAUGGCUGUCUGAUUUCAUAAUUCAGUACAGCAUCAGAAUGACAGUCAGUUGUGAAGAGCUGGAGGAGCAGCUCUAUUCCCUGAUCGUCAAGGAAAAAUUGAAGGGCAACAGUCUGAGUGACGAUGAUAUUUAUGAUAAAGCACUGGACUUGAAUUACUUCUUAAACACUCCUCUCCUUGCAAGCGACGAAUGGGUGGCUGACUUCAAGAGAAGGUAUGGACUGGUCGACAGCGUCGAGGCCGAGAGUAUCAGUAGUUUCAGUGACAGCAGUUUCAGUGACAGCAAAGAAAGCGACUUCAGUGACGUCGAUGAAGACAACAAGGCUGAUCUGAUCUGACGAAGUACCUAGGGCUCUAAUCUGA